AUGCCUGAAUCAGUCAAAUCUACCUCCACCCUCGACGACGCUUCGUCCAGCUACAGCGUCUCCUCCACCGCAUCAACCUUGAAAGACCUCAAAGCCACGAGCAAGAAGUGGCUACCUAGUAAAGAGAAGAAGGAGGAGACCAAGUCAUCUCCACCUAAGCCUGCCUCGCCUAAGCCUGCCAAAGAAAAGAGCCGUGCCCCGUCCACCAACUACACGACUCUCGCUACAUACCUGUCAUUGAAAUGA